GUUUGCACUCUAUGUACAGUUGGUUAUAUACAGUUUGUUAUUAUGUACAGAGUAAUUAAUCAGGUGUUCAGUCUAUCCAAAAUAUAAAUAGUGCAAAUAACAGGUCCAGUAAAGUACUGAAACAGUGCAGUAUGAGUAGGUGGAACUGGAUUUUCUUCAAGUGAAGAAAAACAUUAAUUGUGUGUUUUAAUAUAAAUUUACAUACAGAAUUUUCUUCAAAACAUUUGGAAAGGUAAGAACUAUUCUUCAAUGUUUUUAUUUUAAUGAAAGUAAUUUAGCAUUUUUAACAUUAUAUUAAGUUCGAGGUUAAUGUAAUUUCUGCUUUGUAAUAGACAUGUAAAACACACUUAUGUAUGUCAACCAAAAAAUGUGAUUUUGCAGUCCAAAAAAACCUACAUAUCUUUUGAGGAUAUUGACAAGAACAUUUGACAAGAAGGGCUUCAGAAGUCAUUGUCUGAUCAGAGAACGUGUCCUCUGCAAGAGAACAAGGUCUGGGCAGAACUCUGCACAGUUUUGGGUGUACCAAAUACAUCCCCAAAUAGAUAUAAACUAAAAAGGGCAUACAAAGAUGAAAAUACGAAAAAGGUCCAAAUGGAAGAAGAUGGAAAGGAAAAUGCACCAGAGGCUGAAGGUGCACAAGCUGAAGAAUUUACUCAAGACCUGAGUGAUUUUCAAAAGGAAGAUGGAAAAGAACAUACUAGGAAGAAGGACAUCGUACAAGAUGAGGAAUAUUUGAAAGCAGAAGAGGGAAAUAAAGAAUCAGAAAAACCUAAAGAGUUUAGGCAUGACAAAGUAAAGAAUGUGGACUCAAAGGAGUUGAAGAAAGUGCUAAAAGAGAAAGAUGGAGAGAAAGAUGCACAAGAGGUUGAAGGCGCAAAGGAAGAAGAUGUUACACAAGAGAUGACUACAUUUAAAAAGGGUGAUGAUAAAGAACACAUGAGCGAGAAGGACUUAAUACAGGAGGAGGAAGAUUUAACAGUGGACUCUGCACAUGAAAUGAAAAAGGGCCAGCAGGAGGAAGAUGUCAACAACAAAGAUCACAGGGUGGAAGACAGUGACAGUUGGAGUGACACCGUUGAUGAUGUCAGUCUUGACAGAGAAGAUAAAUUCUUUACAGAGAGUGUUCCUGCACCACCUUCUUUUUUUUUUAUUCCUCAAACUGCCUGGGAAACACUAAGAAAAAAACAAAAAAAUGAUCACUUUAAGGGGUUGCAAUGGACUAACGUUAUCUCUUCAGGCAUUCGCACAGUCCAUCCAUAUUGCAGUUUUGCUUUUACAGGCCACAGGGUUCAAAUACAAGGAUCAACCAGGUACGCACCUGUUUUUAAAUGCUCUGGCUAUUGCAUGUUUACUGACUGCCCAGUAGAAGUUGAAGUUGUUGUGCACAGUGAGAAAACACUUAAAGCACACGUGUCCUUCAGAGGUGACAUGUCAGUGCACAAUAAAAGAGAGCUCCAAAGGCGACCUGUCAGAGCUGAUGCCCAAAAGGAAGUAAGUCAGCAAUUGCAAACAACACUACCAAGGGCCCUCUACCUUCAGAAAAUGGAAAACCUUAGGGAAUCUGUUGUAGAAUCUGGCUGUCGAGAUGAGGCACCUUCGCCAGGUGUUUUGAAAUCCAUUUCCUGGAGACAAAGAAUGAAGGACCGGAAACAUAAAAAUGAAACUCUCAGUCUCCAGAUGAUGGUAAACGAAAAAAGAGAUGAACCGGAUGAGGUAAUCCAGAAAGUGAUCCUUCAUCCGAAGGGUGUGAUGCUUUGGUCCAAGAAAAGCAUUGAUAUAUUCCACCAAAGAUGUAAAUACGACAUUGUUUAUCUUGACGCAACAGGAAGCAUUGUGAAGAAAAGUGAACACAGCACAGGUCCGUUUUACAUAUAUGAGCUAGUGGUCAGAAACCCAAAUAAGGGUUCCUCUCCUUUUCCAGCAGCUACCUAUGUGACCUGUGACCACACAACCUCAUCUAUUGUGUAUUUUCUCAGUGCUUUCCAAACAGAUCAUGCCAAGCAAUAUGGUCACAAAAACAUUCGUCCACUCAUGAUAAUAUGUGAUGGAUCCAUGGUUCUCAUGCAUGCCAUUUCACUCGUCUUCUGCCAAACCAACCUCAAUGCCUUGCUCCAACGUUAUUAUAGAAUUUUGACAGGGAAAGGCACUGCUGAAGAUUUUGAUGUUCCUGUCCUCCACCGCUGUCUAAGUCAUAUAAUGAAAAAUGCUAAAUCCCUGUGCAAAAAGCAUGCACCAAAGAACUACAAGCUGGCCAUGCAUAUUUUUGGACUUCUAACCACAGCAAGUACCAUUGCUGAGUUUGAUGAAAUGCUCCUGAGCUGUACAGUCAUCUUCUCAAGCCCAUGCAGCUCUGAAAAUGUUGAAAAACACUUCAACAACAUUCAGGCUUUGUUGACCACUAUUGGAGAUUCAGUUGUUGAUGACAACAGCAUAGUUCCUGAGCACCUCGAGGACACCAUCAGUCAAACGCCUUUUCACAGACAUUUUAUGGAGGUCAUUGGCACUGCACCCCUCAACAAAAAAGGGGAUCCUAAUGUGUACUACACUGAGACAUUCAUCUCCUCAUUGGCUGCAUACUUCUUGCCUCAUGCAGCUUUAUGGACAAGCAUGAUGCUGGGGGACCUGGGCAGGCAUGGUGAAGGACCCCCAUACCAGCUAUUUUCAAAGACAUUUUCAAAAAUUUCUAAGAAAAAAACCCAGAAUUUCACACAAGACAACAAGACUCAAGGAAUUAUGGAAAAAAGUCAGUGGGACUUGAAGAAAAUUCGCUUUAGAGGAAGACGACUUAACAGACUUGAUGACUUCAUCAUGAUCUACAAAGACACCCACACUGCACUUCUAAGGGAAUUUAAUGAUGCGGAACGUAUCACUAAAAGAAAGGAGCACCGUAUCCUGAAGGAGAAGUGGAGGCAGCGAAAGCAAAGUAGGAGAGGAGUCUAUGUUACCUCCAUCAACAAGCCUUUCCAUUUUAAAAAAGCAGUGGUAACACAGACACAUUUUGGAUACUUUAGUAAAACCACUUUCUUCAAAGACAUUUCUAGUUUUCUAGUUGUCUUUCCCAAAAUAAAGCAGGUGUCUACAGCUCGGGGGACAACCAGCACACCUUCCAUUGACAGACAAACACCAUCAGUGUCAGCACAGGAACCAAAGACAGAGAGCCAAGACAAAGAUGCUUUGGGGCAGGUGUCUACAGCUCCGGGGACAACCGGCACGCCUUCUCCUGACAGACAAACACCAUCAGUGUCAGCACAGGAACCAAAAACAGAGAGCCAAGACAAAAAGGCUUUGAAGAAAGGGAGGAAACCGCUAAAAGCAAAAAGACAAAAGUCCUAUGGACCACUUUGGAGACAUCACUCACCGGAAGAAGUAAUCCAAGCCAGAAAAUUGGUGAAAGAAGUAGUGAUCAAAGAAAGACAAAUGUUAAGCAUCCUGCACCCACAAACUUGGCUCAGCAGCGAUGAAGUGGAUGCAGCUUGUUUUCACAUUUCUCAGCAGUUCCCUCAUAUAGAUGGGUUUCAGUCCAACCUCCUCUAUCAGUGUCUUCACCAAGGGGGUGUGGUUGGGACACCACAGAAACCAUUUGUUCAAGUAUUAAACAUAAAUGACAACCACUGGAUCACAGCAAGCAACCUUUUCUGUGGACCAAAUGAGGUGUGCGUGUAUGACAGCCUGAACACAAACAUCACCAAGCAGACAGAUCAAAAAUUAUCCUGGUUGAUUCGUCCACAAGCCCCCCAGUUUAAGAUAAAAAAACCUGCUGUACAAAUGCAGCAGUCAUCUAGCAGUUGCGGAUUUUUUGCAUUGGCCUUUGCAACUGUGUUAUGUGAUGGAGUCAAACCAGAAGAGUGCCAGUUUCAAGAAAGAAACAUGAGACGAACACUGUACAGAGCUUUGAAGAACAAAAAGGCUCCAGUGUUUACAUAUCAACCAAUACAAGCAAAACCUGAAAGGGCCACAGUUCAGGUGGACGUUCACUGUAUCUGCAGGACCUCACACAACCAAGAGGUGAUGGUGCAGUGCAGCAACUGCAAUAACUGGUACCACCCCAACUGUGUGUCUGUCCCACACAAAGCUUUGGACACCACCGCAGAAGAGUGGAAUUGUGAAAUCUGCACUAAUUAAAAUGUGCAUUAUAGUGGUUUGUAAUUAAUCUUAUACUAUACUAAAUGUUUGAGCUAACAUUAAAAUGUUUAGGUUCUUGGGAUGAUAUUGCAGAAUAUAGAAUGAGUAAAUGUAACGUCACUAACAAUGUCUUUAUUCACAUGUACAUAGUUCAGAGAAGCAGCAUUGGAAACAGGUUAGUGUUGAAAUCAAUGUAGAAUGAAAGCACUUAGCUUGAGCAUAAACAGUUCUUGGUUUGUUGCAGGUGCUUAUGGGCGUGUAGUGCACUCUUGGAGAAGACUAUAACUGAAGACUGGCAAGAAUCCAACUUGAGUAGCCGACUAAGUAAUUCCAUGUGGAGAGAUGAGACCAUACUGUGUGUGUGUGCGCGUGACGUUAUUUCUGUAUGUGUGUGUGUGUGUGUACGUGUGUGCGUGCAUUUCCUUCUAUCUGGUGCCAUACAUUUUUUGUUGAUGGAAUGCUGGAUUCAUUGUUUGAAUUGUAGAGAAAUUCUACUAGUCAGCAUAAUGAAGGUAUCUGCUACAGUGAACAAAUUAAUACAACCACUGCUAAUAAUAAAUAGUAUUGGUCAUGACUUUGGUGUGCAGUUAUUAAAAAAUGAAACAGUGAAAGAACACAAAAAUCACCACGGUGGUACUUGGGGACACGUAGAACAAGAAUCUGGUGGAGUUUCCAGAAAACAAUUUGAUUUUAUAUUUUUAUGAUUUUUUAAAUAUGCCUUUAAGUUAGUAUUGGUCAUGACUUUGGUGUGCAGUUAUUAAAAAAUGAAACAGUGAAAGAACACAAAAAUCACCACGGUGGUACUUGGGGACACGUAGAACAAGAAUCUGGUGGAGUUUCCAGAAAACAAUUUGAUUUUAUCAAUCUAUGUGAAUUUUGAAAAUAUCUGUAUAGAGAGACCUAUUUUUUUAUUAGGGGUGCAAUUAUUGAAGAAUGAAACAGGUAAACAGCAUGAAAACUUCAUAUAAAAUCCACCAUUGUGUAUAAUUUAAUACAAUGUUUAAUAAAACUUUCCCACUAAAUGAUUAUCUCAUAGCAAAAUUUUUAAAAGUUGAACACCUAUCCGCUUGUUGUCACACCAUAUAUAUUUUUUUACAAUUAUUCGUAUAUAAAACAACAUGGCAUUACAAAACAUUGUUGUAAUAGAAAACACAGACCAGGUGCAUAAAAUAAAUACAAUUAUAAUAUAGCCAUAACAAAACAAAACUAAAAAUAAUAAUAAUUUAUUUUUUAAAAUAAAAAUUAACAAAUGAUAAUUAAUUAAACAAGGGGCUAUGGUUUUUCUUGUAAGUCAUAUUCUAGAAUACGUCACACAUAUGAAAGGCCAUAUGCCGUUUCCGGAUCCAAAUGCUCUGAUUGCAUAGGCAAAAAAUAAAAAAAAUGCGAAUAUACACUAAUUGUUUGCUGUAAAAGCACGAUCUUGAGCCUUAUCACCAUAACGAAAUUCUAGAAGUCCAGACAGCGGUUGCUUUCCACAAUUCGACUUUACACGAGGAUCGUUACCGUACAACCCCGUGUAGACCCGCAAUGUAUUUUGAAGCGUAGAUAGCGUGACCGCACUUAUCCGUACCGCAGAUGGCGUGACUCCAGUGAUAAACCGACGAUAAAUAUCACGUGAUAAAUGCGCAGCUUUUGAGUGAAGUACGGGAAAAUGCUGCUGCAUCCGAAAGCCAGAGGGCGCUCUCGUGCGGAAACUCCACAUACGCACUGCAGAAGAAGACCAUGACACGGUCUAGAAUCUAGGAAAUGCCUAUGGACAUCUUUUUAUCACUGUUACUCAAGCCUCAUCAGGUAUUUGUAUGAUAAUAAAGUAUAUUUAUAAUGAUCAUGUUUGACGGGUGUUGCUUUUUCAAAUGCACAUUAUAAGCGACUCAA